CGGUACGCUCCGGAGGAUCUGCUCAAUGGACAAUCCACAUUCACCAGAGAGUCACUGGAGAAGUUUCUGGACGAUAUGGACAGACUGGACGCGAUCGAGAGCAAGAUAUUGGGAGUGCAACAUAGUGGUAUCAAGGAACGUCUCCGCCGUCCGAAUCAAACCGAAGAAGAACAGCCAGACAUGUUGCCGUUCCUUUUUGAAGGAGACAUCAUCUUGAAUGAGGAGCAAAUGAACGAAAUUCUCAGUGAAGCAGAAGAGCAGCUUGAGGCCAAAGAGGCCAAAGACGAGAAUCGUGCCGUUAAAGAGCCACGCCAGAGGACUCUCAGCUCAUCGUUAGCGGGUCGUUGGAGCCAAAUGCCGAUUCCAUACAAACUCAGUUCAAAUGUGGAUCGUAACGCGGUCAUGGCUGGCAUAAGGCAAUGGCAAGAUAAUACAUGCAUUAAAUUCCGUCAAGUCUACAGUACCAGUGGCCAGGGCAAUAUGCUCGAGUUUAUCAAGGGCAAUGGCUGCUACUCAAACAUCGGGCGAGUUGGUCGAGGCGCACAACAGGUUUCGAUUGGUCGUGGUUGUGAGUCGGUCGGCACGGUCGCACACGAAAUCGGUCACGCACUAGGUUUCUAUCACGAGCAAGCACGUUUCGAUCGCGACUCGUUUAUCCGCGUGAUGACGCAGAAUAUCCAGAACGGCUUGGCGGGUCAAUUCUCGAAGCAAUCGGCGCAGAGAAUGCAAACCUUCGGCAUCAGAUACGACUACGGUUCGGUGAUGCAUUACGGCUCGAAGGGCUUCUCCACGAACGGUCGCAACACCAUCGAAACAAUCGACCGCAACUAUCAAAGCACCAUCGGCCAACGUUUCGGUCUAUCCUUUGCCAACGUUAAAAUGAUGAAUAAGGCGUAUUGCGGUGGUCAGUUCGUAAAUCUAAACUGUCAGAACGGUGGCUAUCCCGACCCGAAAGACUGCUCGAAAUGCCGAUGUACCGAUGGUGUGGCUGGCAGAACAUGCAAUCAGAUGAGAUCCACCCGCACCAAAUGCGGUCAGCUCAUUCGCGCAUCCACCGGCACACUGCAAACCCUCUCACAAUCCGGGGCAGGUGAAUGUAACUACAUGAUUACGGCUCCGGCUGGUCGUCGUAUCGUGCUCGAUAUCAGCAGUCUACGAUUCGCGUCCGGGGCGCCGUGUCCGUCGGCCUUCUUGGAGGUGCGAUACGCCAACGACAUCAGUGUCACCGGAGCCCGGCUCUGCAGCGGUUCACGUGUUCGCAUCACAUCGCAAUCCAAUCAAGUCAUUGUCCUCUAUCGCGGCUCGUACAGGAGCUCAUUCUCGUUGCGUUACAGAUACGAUCCACCCACCCCUUCAGGCGGCGUCACCAGUCCACCUCAAACACGACGUCCAAUAACCCAACGCCCAACGAGACCAGCAACUCGCGCCACACCAUCACCAGGAGGUCAAUGGACGCAAUGGUCGCCGUGCAGUUCUCCGUGUGGAGGCUGUGGUACCCAGAGUCGUCAACGCAAUACACCGUUCGUCGCUUAUUUGAAAUCCAUCCAUCCAUUUUUGAUUUCAGGUCUCUCCGCCUCCAAAUGA